AUUUUCCUUUCACAAAAGGAACUUACAACAUGACAUUGGCACUAUUGGCAGUAUAGUCGACAAGCUAAAAAGGAAGUACUAAGUUUAAGUUGACAGUUGACAUAAGAAGCAAAAAAAAAAACAACUUGAUUAUUUUGUAGUUUUCGUUAAUUCUUCUACUAAACUUAAUUUAUAAAAAUUACAAACGUUAACGAAGUUGAAAUAUGUAAGAUAUUUUAGUGCUACUUGUUGUAUUUACUAGUUACAAGAAAUAAUGAGUCCCAGAAAGAAGAAGGUUAAACAUUCUCCUAAAAAAGAUACAGAUAUUUCUUUAAAGCGGGAAAAUGAUCCUGUUCAAUCGGUUGCAAAACGUAUCAAGGCUGAGAAAAAUAGUGAUGCAGAGUUACAGGCUAAAAAGAAGCAAAACUUUGUGAAGGCUUGUAUACAAGUGUCUUGCAAGGCUUACUCGGAUUACAAUACCCGAUUUUUAGAGACAUUUUUACCUAAUUGUUUGGAUAUUGGUGGUUGCAAACAUGAUAGAAAUGCAGCUGCUAUCAUUCAAAUGCCAUCUCAUAUUGAACAGUCAUUCUUAAUUGAAAUUAAGAAUAAAGCGUGGUAUGAAGCCUUGGAUGUGUGCCGAAUGUACAUUACUCAUGACAAAUAUUUAACACACGAAGUUCUGCAAGAGGUAGUAGAGAUUAUAUUGAAUGCUCAUCAAGAUGAUUAUGAAGAUUACUCAUUAGUGGAGGUCAUAAAUAAAGCCCAACAUGUACUAUCUCUACACUUCAGCAUGCACCCUCCUUGCCAUUCUAAAGGUUUAAGAAAAUGUUACAAAGACUUCCUCACAUCACCUAUGAACCUUAAAGACAAGACAUUUACAAAUAGAACAAAAUUUGAAUGUAGAAAAGGUAUUGUUAAAUAUUGUAUGAAUAGAUUAGAAGAUGAAAUCAGUGCAGAAAGCCAAGAUGGGCCCUUAGUAAACAAGCAAGGUCAAGUUCCAACAUAUUUAUUAAACACAGUAAGUGCUGCACAUUGGGAAAAUGAGAAAUUUUUAAUAUAUGAAUGCCUGGACAGGCACGAAAGGAUAAAAAGACUAAUGGCUGUGCUAGAGAGUGUUAUAGAAUUGUUGCAGUAUGAUUUGGCCAUUUGGCAUUCAAGGUAUAUUAACAACUCAGGUAACCACAUUUUGGGGUCACAUAAGCCUCUAAUGGCAUUUGUUUUGUGGUCUGAUAAUACUGCGUACACUGCUGUAGUGACUAACAACUGCAGGCAAAUAAUGAAGUUAUUUAUACAUCUUAAUCAUUUAAGAUAUCCAGAGCAGAUGUUGAGGAUAAUGGCAAUGUGGCUAAACGCAAUGAUUCAAACAUUUUACUUUUGGGAAAAAGACUCAAACAGCGAUUACCCAAAUAUUGGAGAUUAUUGUAAACAAUUUGCAAAUGAAUUCUAUAAUUUAAUCACAGGCAUGCCAUGUGAAUCAGUCAACAGAAUUUUGGACAGAAUUGAGCCACCUUUUAUGAAAUAUCUCGUUGGUAUGUGCCACACCAAGGUAUUGCAUCCAAUCCAAGAUGAAAGUAUUUUAAACAUUUUAAUCAAGUUUUUCAAAGAAAAGGUUUGGUUGAUGUAUCCACCUGAUGCAAGCGAAGUGGAGAUUUGUAAACCUCUAUUUUUUAAACCUAUUGAAAUAACUCAAGUGCUCAACUAUGUGACAAAGAAAUAUUUUAGUACUAAUAUCAAAGUUGAGAAUGGUGGUAAAAUAGAUUAUGCCAAAUUAGAUAUGAAAAUGUUAAUUAAUAAGAAAUUAGGUGAUAACCUGAAUCAUCUUGUCCACACACUAUAUGUGACAUUAGAUGCCUAUUUGAAUAUCUAUGAUGUAUAUGGUGUACAAGAAACCUGGAAAAGAUUAAAUGAAGCUACCACAACUGAUAAUGAAAAUCAAAAUAACACAACUACAUUUCAAGAUGGCAAAUAUAAUGUUAGUGCUGAAUUCAUCAAGAAGUUCAGAGAUAUCAUGAAGUCUAUGAAGGAAUUGCAAAAAGUGUACAAAGAUUUGGAGAGCAGUGCAGAUAUGCCAGAUAUUUUGAACAUUUUCACUAAACUUCUCCAUGAUUGACAUAAAACUGUUUUUUUUUUUUUAUAGUAAUGCAUGUGAUAUUGUCUUUGAUAUCGUUGUUUUUACAGGGACCAAAUAACUAUUUGUGUGUAUCUACAGAAACAUCUAUGUUUAAAAAUUAUAUAUGUUUUCUAUUAUAUCCUAUUGUUUAUACCAGUUCUGUAAAAGAUUCUCACAAUAUAUAAAUGUCCAAGGGGCUUGAAUUAUGAAAAAGAUUUAAUUCAUUAUAGAACUAUUGUAAAAC